AUGGACUUCGCAAGUCUUAUGAAGUCGCAGAUGUCCGCCGCACCCCCUCGUGACAUUGGUAAGAAGUAUCUCAAACGCUCAGAAGUGGAAGCACAACGGCAGGCAGAUUAUGUGCGGGAGCAGGAAGAACUGGAACGAGCACGAAUUGAGAGGCUCGGGAAGAAGCGGAAAAGGGAUGAAGACGAAGCAGAGCGAAAUGCUGCUCGGGAGGCCAAAAAGAAGCGUCUAGCAGAGGAGAGCAGGAAGCGAGCUGAGGAGGAAGCUCAUGCGGAAGAAAAUGUUCGACGCAAGCGUAUUGGUCUGCCGGAGCUCGAGCUGAAGCCGGAUGAUCGCGAAGGUACGCCGCUGAAGGAGGGCGAAGAAGAUAUAACAGACGAUGAGCUUCGACUUAAGCUGCGAAAACUGGAGGAGCCGAGAGUCGUCUUCGGCGAGAUGCAUGUCCAGCGGCUACGACGCUACCGGAAGCUUAUUGCGAAGGCUCUGGCCCCUACUAUGAGUAAAGGACCCAUACCGACUACACUCCAACUAGUCGAAGAAAAGGACAUGAAAGUACCGGAGACCGUGCCUUCAGAUACAGAAGCCAGGCUGCUUCUCCACCGCCAAAUAGCAAGCUACUUCGACAUGGUACUCUCCGAAUGGCAAAUCGCUCUCGCCCGUCGAGACCAAGCCGUCAAAGAAUCCUUCACAGGCAAGCAAGCCCACAACUCCUUCCUCCAAGCUCGAGAUAACCUAACACCGUUAUUUCGCAAAUUGGAGUCCGGCACAAUCGCCCCAGUAAUCCUCGCCGCCGUCCUCGAAAUCGUCAAUCUAAUGCAGUUCAAACGCUACGUCCAUGCCAACGAUGCCUACCUACGACUAAGUAUCGGGAAAGCGGCAUGGCCUAUUGGAGUGACGAUGGUUGGCAUCCACGAGAGAAGUGCACGAGAGAGGUUGCAUGAGAGUGAGAAGGAUGGCGACAAGGCGCAUAUUCUUACGGAUGAGAGUACGAGGAAGAUGCUGCAAGGAAUCAAGCGGUGUUUGAGUUUUGCGCAGGUGAGGUGGCCGCCGGAGGAUUUAGGGCAGUUGAUGGGUUGA